UUCCUUACGUCACCGUCACCGAACCUGCAGUCAUUUUGUUUCACCGGUCAAGUUUAGCUUCUGCUGCAUUCAGCUGGCAGCCAGAUGAUGGGAAAGCCUAAACCGGGCGGAACAAUUAAAGACGGUCGGCAACUUUUAGGUUCUGAAACAGAAUCAGAAGUGCAGGAGUUUCCACUACCGCCAAGAAGGCCAUCGAGAAUGAGAUCGAAGAAGUCUGGUAGCCACCAUUCUGAUCUCUUUUGUCGAGACUUUUUACGAAUUGUUAUUGUGCUUGUCGUUUUGGCAAUGAUGGCGGCUAUUGGCUUUCUUGGGUUUGUGUACUACAAGCUGAAUGGCGAAAUGGAGAAGUUAAUGGAAGAAUAUGUGAAAGUUAAAGGUGAUUGGACGGGUGAGGGACCAAUGGCACGAAUGCUGCAGGCUGCUGCUAAGUCAGUUGACUUAAAUCAACUUACACAACGGCAUGACAAGGAUUGGGUAUCACUGAAGGGCAAAUUCCAACUCAUACAUAAUCAUCUAAUUACUGUCAACUCAACCGUUUCUGAUCUCCGUAAGGAUGCUAAACAGUGGGCUAUUGUACUAGACAGCACCAGCCAGUUGCAGAAAGUGGGAGGUAACGUUGACGGUUUGACACAAGAGGUUACGAAGAUGGUUAGCAAUGUAGAGAGGAUCGACAGGGACCUAGCAGACAUGAAGAAGAGCAUAUCCGUGUUAAAACGUGACAGUUCGGAAAGCACUAACAAAUUGACAACGUUAGACGCUGGAUUUAAUUCAGUGAAGGGAGACGUCCAGACACACAAGUCAAAAAUUGAUGAGCUGGAGCAUUCAAGCACCAAGUUGCAGCAGAGGACAGGCAGCUUGGUCUCGAUAAAUGUGACUGAAAUGGAUCUCACAAUGCAGCAGAUGUCUCAUGAAAUGAGUCGAGUUGUUGAAGCUAUUGAUCUCCUGCAAGCAACAGCCCAUCAUGGAAACGAUUCACUAGGUUUAAAGCCGGUUUUAGCAAAGCUUGAUGUGAUCAAGCAAGGAGUAUUGAGUAGUCAGGCACAUUCUGAAUCUUUGAAACGUCGUCUGACAGCUGUGGAAAAGAUUGAAGCACAACAUCAGGACGAUAUUGACAGCCUGACGUCUACUGUUAGCCAAUUUAAUUCAUCUCUAUUUGCUAUGAUGAUUGGUAGUCAAAUGACAACAUCUCUCAUGGAACAGCAAAUGCACAACUUUACUUUACGAAUUGGCGCACAACUUCAACAGUAUUUGUCCUCUGUUCUUGGCAUGAUAAAGAGUGGUAACCAUAAGAGCUCCAAUCUGUCAUCACUUAUCGGAGCAACAGUCAAUCGUGUUGUGGUGUCCAUGAAAGACGAGAUUCAGAGGACGACCGGCAUCUUUCUAGAGGGAAUGAACAUGUUGCAGGCAACUAUACUGCUACAGAACGAAACAAUAACAACUUUGCAGCAUGAGAUUCAGAGAGUCUCUACUUCCGUAUGGCGGCUGAGAGCUGAAGUAACAGCAGAGAAAUUAGCAAACAAGCACGUCGAGCCUACUGAUGACAAGCCAAAGCUGCCCACUGAGACAAAGAACAAGACGGCUAGUCUUGUAACAGAGAUGACAAAUCAAACAACAACCGAAGCCGCUCUUGAUGAUAUCCCUGUGGCUAUCUCUGAAACAGUAUCUGACGAACCUGUCACUACUAAUUCAAAUACACCUUUGCAAGGAAAUACAGCUGGCAGCGGUGACAUAAUCACAACCGACACGGUUGAAGAGACAAAAGUUGUAACCAUUUCCCCAUUAACAACUAAGCAAACCGAGUUGGCAGAACACAAAAGUACUACUGCUUCUGGUCAUUUAUCUACUACUACACCAGAAGUGGCUGUGCAGGAGCAAGCGACAUUUUCAUCUCCAUUAAAUUCGGCUGGUGGAGACAGUGUGCAGGGGCAAGCAACGCCAUCUGUUUUGGCGUUUUUGCCCACAGAGACAAUUACGAACAUGUCAGACACACUUUCACCAAACGGGGUUAGCGGCAAUGGGCCAACAGAAUUCAACAGAACGGAAGCUUCUGGAUCUCAAAAUACUUCGAAUAUAAAUAUAUCUGAUGUCACAUCUGGUAGUAAAUAUGAGAUGUCUAACAUCACGUUGAAUGAUACAGGGAGUGCUGGUGUGCAAUUUGUAAACAAUUCUGAGUCAGUUCGACCAGCUAAGCCUUCUGAAGUAUCUUCUACUGUCACUGAUAACAAGCUCAAAGGUCAAAAUUUUUCAAAUACGGACAGUGACCAUACAGAUCAGCAUACAGUCUCUCAGGAAGAGCAAGAUAGCAUGGCAGAGGCUGUACAGGAGCUUAGUGAUUUAGAUGAACUCGACACCCCGAACACUGUACCCGAGGAUCAUAAUAUGACAACAGCAACGAAUGAAGGGGCAGCAGCAAACGUACCAGCAAAACCAUUGUUCAGUGAUGAAAUAUUGAAAGAUGAAAUGAAACUAGUUUUGCAAACGUUUGACGAACUAGACAAGGACAAGGAUGGUAAAUUGUCAUAUCAAGAGCUUCUAUCCGUUAUUCCAAAGAAUAUGGAAGACCAAUUGGCAGCUAUUGAUGUAGAUUCUGAUGAAUACUUCACCAAAGAAGAACUUUCCGAAGCCGUGAAGGAAGCAGAAGUAUCGUUCCAGGAAGAUGAGGACAGUUAGUUUGGUUGACAGUGACAGACACCGAAUACAAGGAUAUGGUAUAUGGUGACCCUGAAGCAGUUGAACUGUUAGGUAGUUGUAUGGUUCCCUUGAGAGAUUAUACAGUAUAUGCAAUUAAUUGUCAGUAGAUAUUGCGUUAGAGUUGGUAUUGUAGAUGACUGCUCAAUAUCAAUAUUUCUAUUUCCACAGUGUAACCUAAAAAUUGUAUUGUUACCUGUU